AAUGAGAUUUUUCUCUUUUCAGAAGAAAUGGAAUGUUUAUCGAGUCAGAACGGAUUAAAAAAUAAAUAAUCUAGGAUGUACUAUUGUAUCGGAUGGCCCCGUGUGGCCCGGUUGCCCCAGGAUGAACCUGGAACCCCGGUCCAAGUAUCCUGUAAUAGGGACAGAAUCCUAGUUGCUGUGCUAACUACAGAUUCGGUUCUUAUUUGGUACAAUAAGCCCUGCGUUCCCAUAAUCUCCCACCGACGUAGCUCCAGUUCUAUCCUGGAGCUAGGGGAGAACUGCAUACUGGUCUGGAAACCGGAUAGUUCUAUGAUAGCUGUAGUUACUACCGGCGGACAUGUCGUCUUCUACAGCAUUGUAGUUCUCACUGAGGUGAAAACACUAUAUGAUCAGGUUGACCCUUCAAACAUGUCGCUGAAGAGGGAGAGCGCUGAAUUAUAUUUUAAGGAAAAUGUUCCACCCCUCAUAUUCUCUCAAGCUUUCGAGAUUUCUGUACCUGGCGGGGUUACAGAUAUAGUAACUAUCAGAGAUGAACUAAUGAUAUCUACUAAGGACGGGCAUAUUCUGAGGUAUAUGUGGGACGGACAAUUAAACCGUGACUACUGCUUGGAUCUGAGAAGAAUUCCAUUUUGUACUGAUCAACAAGUUCUUAGGGCUGUUCCUCUGGUGGACCAGGGUUAUGUAACCCAUCUCUCCUAUUCUCCUCUCCUAGGAGGGUUCACCAUAGUUCUCAGUGAUGGUAGAGCUGCAUUCCUCGUCGCAGCAACUCUCAAGUUCGAUCCAAACUCAGUUCAGGGUAUCUGGGCUGGUGGAGUUGAGGAUAUCACCUGCACCGCCUCCAACCACAAGUUCAGGUUGAUGGGGUUCGGUCGGAAGAAUUCUCAGGGUAUAGUAUACUCUAUAGAUGAAACUACUGGAGGAUUAUCCGUCUCUCAUAAACUUAUUCUUCCAACCAAAGAUUAUCCAGGAUGUCCUGGUCCAGUUACUGGGCUUAGAUGGACCCCGGACAGUAUGUGUUUGGCUAUGGUGUGGGCUGGGGGCGGUUUCUCUAUUUGGUCCACCUUUGGAACUAUGAUACUUUGUAGCCUAGGUUGGGACCAUAGUGCUUCUAUUACAGAUCCUAUGAAACAGGCUCCGUACAAUAUAAUUGACAUGGACUGGGCGGGAGAAGGAUAUCAACUCUGGGCGAUAAACUCGGCGGAGAGGAAGUUUACGGGGAACCAAGAUGCGGAGUUCUGUCCGUUCCCAAAGGAAGGAGAAGAGCAGCCUGACGAACCAUCCUUAAUGGGGAAUAAUGUUCUAAUUAUUCCGUUUGUAAAGAGUCCUCUCUCAGUCAACCCUGCAAUGAGUGCUCUGGAUAAACUAUAUCUUCAAGGAGAAGAUCGGUUAUAUCUCAACUCUACGGAGAAUGUUAGCUCAAUCCCACUAACUAAAGCUGAGACGGCGGAGCUAAAGAGUUCUACAUCUGCCAAUCCUCAAUCCUCUGCUAGUAAACAGUGGACUGUAGUUAUCAUUCCUCAUACCUAUAUCAGCUCAAGCUGGCCAAUAAGGUAUACCGCUAUGGAUGACACUGGAACUUAUAUAGCUGUGGCUGGUCGAACUGGUCUAGUUCAUUAUUCAACUUCAACAAGGAAAUGGAAAAUGUUUGGGAAUGAAACCCAGGAGAAGGAGUUUGUUGUAACCGGUGGUUUACUCUGGUGGAAGGAUUUUCUGGUUAUAGGAUGCUAUAAUCUAACUAGUAAUAGAGACGAAGUGCGGAUUUAUCCUCGUGAAGCGAGGCUAGACAAUUCAUAUUCAUCCGUGGAGGUCGUGGAGGCUCAAGUCCUUCUCAUUAAUAAAUUAGAGGACAGGUUGAUAGUUUACUGCUCCAACAGUCAUAUAUCUCUUUAUGAUAUCUACACAGAAGUUGGGAACCCACCUGUAUCCCGACUGUCCAGGGCUAGCCUGGAAGACGACCCUCCCUGGAAUGUUCAAUGUAAACUGCGUAAAGUACAAGAUGUUGACGCAAGCCUACUCUCCAUCCAUCCUGCUUGCGUAGUUUCAGUGUCUCUUUCACAUCUUAAAACGGAAUCAGUGCGUCAGAGAAAGGAGAGUGAACGUGAGUCUGUAGAACGUGAGCUACGGAAUGAUACCGCCAGUUUGAUCCUGAAUGUAAGUGGUAAGGUAGUUCUGGUUCAGAGAGAGAGAACAAAUACAGACGAACUCCUUUACUCAGCACCAACUGUACUGGCCGGUCAAUGUGAGCAGGUUUGGUUGCCACGAAGAUCUUGCAGUACUAAACCUCAUCUCACGUUAUCUCUCUGGUUGUACUGCGGUGCUGCUGGGAUGAAAGUCUGGCUUCCACUCUUCCCUAAGGAAGGUGAAAGUCAGCACUCCUUUAUGGCUAAGCGUAUAAUGCUUCACUUUCCUCUAGAGAACAUAUACCCGCUCUCCAUACACUUCGAGGAGGCCAUCAUUGUUGGAGUGGAGAACGAUUGCCAGCUAUACCCUGGGAACCCUAGCGGGCCCUCCAUCCUACCCUUCACUACCCUGGAGAGAGUGAGUCAAGUGUUUCUUCAACAACUCCUUCGUCAGCUCAUCCGUCGGAACCUUGGACAUCAUGCUUGGGAGAUAGCUAGGAGCUGUAUAACCUUGCCCUACUUCCAGCAUAGUCUGGAGCUGCUUCUACACUCCGUCCUGGAGGAGGAAGCUACAAGUAAAGAACCUAUUCCCGACGCUCUCCUACCCUCUGUUGUUGAUUUCAUCCGUUCCUUUCCCGUCUACAGAGAGACAGUUGUUAGAUGUACAAGGAAGACAGAGGUUGCUCUCUGGCCUUAUUUGUUUGCUGCUGUUGGGUCAGCUAAGGAGCUUUUUAUUGAAUGUUUGGAGAAGAAAGAGCUGCAUACAGCUGCUUCAUACCUGAUCAUUCUUCAGUCUCUUGAACCUGCAUCAGCUGCAAAGCAGCAUGCAACCCUUCUCCUCGACGCUGCUCUGGAUAAUGGAGCUUGGGAUCUUGCCAAAGACUUAGUUCGUUUUCUCCGUGCUAUUGAUCCGGACGAAUGUGAUGAGAUUUCUUCUCCGAGAGCAACUUCAGUACUGCCGUCCUUCCCGUCUCCUCUGUCUCCGGCCCAGGCAGGAGAAGAGGAUUUAUCCCUGGUGCUUGGAACCCUGGUGGUUCCAAGAUCAAGAUCUAUCUCUACGAAUGCUCCGCCUAAAACCUCUCCACCCGAACAUCAAUCAUUAUCUAGGUCUAUGAGUGAGAAGCAACCUCGAUUACGAAAGAUCUCCUCCUCUUCAAGUCCUAACACGAGCAGGGAUGGAGCUAACGGCACAGCGGAGGAGUUCUUCAUCGAUAUGAUCCUGGCCAGGCACGCCAGGAAGCUCCUUAUGUCCGGGAAUCUGGUGGAUUUAGGAAAAUUUUCUGUUCAUCUCGACUUUUAUCUGGUCUCUUGGCUAAGGCGGGAAUCCAGUCGAGCAGCACUAUUGGAGGAUUUUGUCUGGGCACUCAGAAGAAUCCAUUCAGAUUUCAGCUGGCCCUGGCCCACAGGUUCAAGUACUUCGGGAAGUGAGACUCGGAGCAGAACGUCAUCUCAUCCGUCCUUAGGAGAUCCAACCCUAGGGGUUGAAGAUAAACUCAGAACUCUAUUUGUUGACUGCGGGGACAGACCUGCAACUGAGAGUGGAUACAUGUCAAAUUCUACUGGAAGACAGGUUUCAGAGCAAUCUUUGCUCUCAGAGCACGCCGUGGACGCGAUGCUCAGGGUUCGGGACAGAACUGAUCAGCUCAGUGUUCUGUCCGAGGAUCAGGAUUUAGGAAGUGUAUGUGAUGAUUCCCAUUCAGCCUCCAUCCUAACUUCUCCACCUCCACCAACCUUCACGGAGGCAUCCACAGACACGCCUCCGAAGCAAGAGGUUCAGCUCCGGUAUAUCCUCCAAAUAUUUGUUGAGGCCGGUUGCCUGGACUGGGCAAUCUCCGUAGCUGUUGUGCUACGGGACGCGAUGGCGAUCAUAAGAAUAGUGAACGCGGCGAGAAGCGCACCGGACGCCCCUAAGAUAGUUCGCCGGCUUUACGAUGGAUUUAUUCAACUAGAUGGAUAUGCCCAGCAUACAUGUUUAGGAUACAGAGGUUUUCUAAACAGUAUUCAACCUCAGAUAAGAAGCCUUUCUCGAUUUGUCAAUGCUUCUCCACCCUCUAUUCUAACAGGAAAGACUCCUAGCCGCAGCUCCCUUACCAGUUCUUCUCCGCCCCUUCGACCUUCCCUCCCUAGAUCAUUAAGUGAUCCCAAGGGAACCGGGAGUAAAACCCCCCCUAGAUCCUCCCCCUCCCCUCCAUCUACACCAGGAGAAAGUAUAGAAACCGAAGAAGAUCCUUCUGCUUGUACAAUUUCAUAAAUAAUCCAUCCUUGAUCUCCAGUAGCUCCUCUACUCUUAUCUCCCCUCCGAACCCACCAGUAUUCCGACACCUUACAUUCCUCCUUGGUUUCGAAUCUCCGGCUUGAGUAGUGAUUCAAUCUGUGAUCUUGUCCCACGCCUGGUCGUGUUAAGAAGAUAAUAAUGAAUUCGUUUUAUUCUGUAAGAAAUUAUGUUUUCAUCCUAUUAUUCAUAACCUUUUUGUCAGUUGUCAGUGAAUGUAUUUUAAGAUUAUUGAAAAUAUCCGAUCGAUCAUUUUUUAGAUAAUUUUUAUAGUUUCCCAUGAAGUAGAUAAAGUAUAGAAAUUAAUUAUCAUGAUUCAAAUCAUGCCGAAUGCAUUUAUUUUAAUGGUAUGGGCGUUUGUUAAAGUUUUUAUAUAUUUUAUUAGUUUUUACAUUAGUUUUUUUUAUCAUACAAAACCGUGAAAUAGUAUUGAAUGCAAUACAAAUGUUUGGUUCAAGCAAUAAUUUAGUUGGCAAAAAUUUACAAUCUUUAGCGAUACACUAAUUAGUCAUUUUUUGCGUAAAUAAGCAUAAUAUUUAACCUCUUUUCUUGGCUUUUUAAUUGAUUCUUUCUGUCUAUUAGAAGUUGUAAUAGCUAACAUUUUUACUGUGCAAAAGUAUUCUGCAAAAAAAUCUACGUUUCUUUGCUUUCAAUUAAAGAGACUCGUGUUGAUGCAAAGUUGGCGUUAUUUGAGAUUUAUUGCAACUGAUUUAAACAUUUUAAAUUUAAUAUUUUUCAAAGCAAAAUGUCGACUGUUAGUAAGUUAAGCUAUUUUUUUAAUACUAAUCAUAAUCUUAUGUUUUGAAACUGUAUUGUGAUGGGAUCUAUAUUUCUGAUUUUGUAGAAUUUAUAUCUGUAUUGUAAUUCAAUGCUUGAAUUGUAAAUAGUCUAUCCAGUACAAUAGGUUGCAAUGGGAUUUGGAAGAAAUUAUGUCGUGUAGAGGCAAUUAAAUUCAAGAUUAAACAAAAGGAGAAAAGAAUAAAGACAUUAAUUUAAACUAAUUUAGCUGCUAACUAAAUCUGUCAAAAUUUAUUACAUCUAUUGCAAAUUUCGACACUGAAAUUGAACUUGCGCCAGUGAUGUAAAUACAGUUGUGUUAAAUGCAUACUUAUGCUUCAGUGCCCUUAUUGUACAUGAUAAUCUAUUUGCAUGAAAUGAGACAAAUAUUUAAUAUUUAUGAAUAUAUUGCAGA